GGACGGGCCGGACCGGACCGGGGCGCCUCUCCCAGUAUGACCAGUAACAGCACCAGUAACAACACGACGUCCGAGAGCGGCGGUGGUCUCUCGGCGGCGGCGGAGGUGGCCCUCAUCGUGGUGUUCGGGGGCCUGGGGGCCUUCGGCCUCGUCGCGCUCCUCGUCUUCGUGGCCUUCAAGGUGCGGGAGAAGCGGCGCACGGAGGGCACCUACCGGCCCAGCAGCGAGGAGCAGGCGGGGGCCCGCGCCGCCCCCCCGGCCCCCUCAGAGCUGCCCCCCGAGGAGCGGCUCAUCUGACCCCGGCGGGGGGCCCGGCCCCCCCCCCCCCCACACGCACGCACGCACGCACCCCGCCGC